CACCUUCUCACAGCGCGCAAGAUGUGAUUCAACAAUACAGGGAACUCCUUAGUGUGUAAGGGAUCAAUGUAGCAACUACAUUUAAAGCAAAUUCACAAGGUGGCCAUAUAAAGUUUAUAGUCAAGAAAAAAGAAGAAUAGCUAUAUAUUUUUAUCAUCGUUAGUUUUUUCCAAUCAAAAUUUUUAUCGAAUAAGUUCUAAGCCAAAAAAAAAAGAAGUAAAAUGAACGAGCGUCGCAGUGACUUUGUGAUCAAGGCCGGCUACAUGAUCAAGCGAUCGCAAAACAAGAAACGCUUCACCCCAGUCAACUACAAGAUGCGCUGGUUCGAGUUGACCCGGUUCUAUCUGUCCUAUUACGAUAUCGGCAAUCUUGAGAAACGCCGCGAACGGGGUCGUAUCAGUGUCCGUGGGGUACGUUUGGUUGAACCUGCGAUACUGCACGGCGAGGGAGGUGACACUGCGGCACCUGAGGGUUACUUCUUUCAAGUCGGUUACUGCGAAAGUGACGGUAUCUAUCCGGGGACUACGCUGCCCCAGUACACGUUGUAUCUGGUAGCCGAUAGCGAAAAGGAGCGCACCGAUUGGAUCGUGUCCAUUAGGAAAGUUUGCGAAGAGUACAGCCCGAAAUCGUUCCGCUACCAUCCGAGCCUGUGGCAGGGUCGGAAGUGGUCCUGCUGCAAAAGUUUGAACCGACGAGCGCUUGGCUGUCAGGUGGCGACGCUAUGGCCCGAGUACAACAAUAAUCCAAGUAACGGAAGUUCACCCGCCCAAAACUCGUCUCGAAGCAUCAGCCCCAACACGCAGAACCUUCAGCAGCAGCAUCCGAACGGCCACCUGCAGCAGGGGUCGCAUCUCAUCUCGGGCUCCGGAUCGGAUCGGACGCUACAUCAGCCCCAGCAGCAACAGCAGCAGCAGCCGCAGCCGCAGCAACAACUACAGCCGGGCAACCAGUCACCCCUGUCGGUACCGCAGCAGCAGCAUCCCCCACAGCAAUUGCAAGCCCAGGGGCCAAACUCCCAGCAACCUUCCCAUUCGCCCUCGCUGCAGCAUCAACAGCUGCAGCACCAGCAGUCUUCCCAGUCGCAUCAUCUCAACAGCAGUUCGAGCAGUUUAGGCAACAUCACGCCCACCUUCGUUCAGCCUCAGUCACCCACCCACUCUUUCAAAACGGCGUCCAUCAACGGUGCAGGUCAUCAUACGAACGGAGGCGAGCUAAAUAUGCCUGGUGGUCCGACAGCAGCGCCCGGAACACCAAACUCAAAGGCUAAGGAUGUCUCGCCACGGGUCAAGAUUGUGGUAGCACUGUACCCCUUUAAGGCGAUAGAGAGUGGCGAUUUGUCGCUUGAGAAGAACGCCGAAUACGAGGUGAUCGAUGACUCCCAGGAACACUGGUGGAAGGUCAAAGACCAGCAUGGCACGAUCGGAUACAUCCCCAGCAACUACGUCAAGGAGAAGGAAUUGCUGGGACUGCAAAAGUACGAGUGGUACGUGGGGGACAUGUCCCGCCAGCGGGCCGAAUCGCUGCUCAAACAGAACGACAAAGAAGGUUGCUUCGUGGUGAGGAAAUCAUCCACCAAGGGCCUGUAUACCCUUUCGCUACAUACCAAAGUACCCCAAUCCCAUGUAAAGCACUACCACAUCAAACAAAACGCUCGCAUGGAGUUUUACCUCUCCGAGAAGCAUUGCUGUGAAUCGAUUCAGGAUUUGAUCAACUACCAUCGACACAACUCCGGUGGCCUAGCGUGCAGACUGAAAACCUCUCCCUGCGAUCGGCCGGUGCCGCCGACUGCCGGUUUAUCUCAUGACAAAUGGGAGAUCCAUCCCUCGGAGCUGAUGAUCCUGGAGGAGCUGGGCUCCGGCCAGUUUGGCGUAGUCCGACGAGCCAAAUGGCGCGGAUCGAUCGACACGGCCGUCAAGAUGAUGAAGGUUGGCACCAUGUCCGAGGACGAUUUCAUCGAGGAAGCGAAAGUUAUGACAAAACUCCAACAUCCCAAUCUGGUACAACUGUACGGCGUUUGCUCCAAGCAUCGACCGAUCUACAUCAUCACCGAGUACAUGAAGCACGGUUCCCUACUCAACUAUCUGCGAAGGCACGAGCAAUCGUUGAUUGGCAAUAUGGGUCUCCUGCUCGACAUGUGCAUACAGGUUUGCAAAGGAAUGUCCUAUCUCGAACGCCACAACUACAUCCACCGGGAUCUGGCGGCGCGCAACUGCCUGGUCGGGUCAGAAAACACCGUCAAAGUGGCUGAUUUCGGGCUGGCCCGGUACGUCCUGGACGAUCAGUACACCAGCUCCGGUGGUACCAAGUUCCCGAUCAAGUGGGCCCCGCCGGAGGUGCUCAACUACACCCGAUUUUCGUCCAAGAGCGAUGUUUGGGCCUACGGUGUCCUGAUGUGGGAGGUGUUCACGUGUGGAAAGAUGCCCUACGGUCGCCUAAAGAAUACCGAAGUGGUGGAACGCGUUCAGCGAGGAAUAAUUCUAGAAAAACCCAAAGCAUGUGCGAAGGAAAUUUACGACGUGAUGAAGAAAUGUUGGUCGCAUGGCCCCGAAGAUAGGCCCGGUUUCCGGAUACUCAAAGAUCAGUUGGCAGCCGUCGCUCAAGGUCUCACCGAUUAAACAACUCCUGGUAAUCUCAGCCACAAACUACAACCACAGACACCGAUGAUGCAGACACACAUACACAACAAACACCUUAUACACAAACACACACACCUACACCUACACCUACAAAUACGUCGUAUAUAAUAUAUACAUUAAAAGAAAUACCAAUUUUAUCCUAGAGCUAGUAGGGAAUUCUGUUUUGUCUUUUCGAAGCAUCUCUAUCCAUAUUGAAUUUACUCACUUGGCCAUUCCAAGAUUUACUAGUGAAGGAGGAGGGAAAGUGAAGGACAGUGUUGUUUUUGUUUUGUAUUGGAAGAUAUCGUGCUUACAAACGAAGCAAACAAAGUGUAAACUUAACCAUAUCUUUGAUGCUGAAGAAAGCAAACAUUAAGGAAAACGUGAGAAAGACGCGAAACCAUUGUCUGCCACCAGUAAACCAGUCAAACCCGAAUGCAGCUCCCAACUUACCACCCUCACAGAUGAAAGAGAAAAUAGCAAGUAGGUAAACGGACUUGAGGAAAACGAAAAUUUAAACACUCCAGUAAAUAGACUAAUCAAUAUUACAUUUACGGAUAGCGUUAUACAUAACAUACAUACGAACGCAGAGAGCAGUCAUUGUCAUUUUGGUCCUUUUCGGUGCUGAUCUUUGAAAUGAAAGGGACACAACCAUUCCUAGAAACGAGUAACGCGAACUUCUCAUUUUCCUGUAAACGAAAUUCUUAUUUCUCACCUGUAUUUCAAUAACUAUACAGACGACCUACACACUGACUGAUGCACACUUAACAAAAAAAAAAGAAGAACUAAAAAUAAACAAAACCAGUUACACAAUGGAUAACAACAACUAGGUAAUCAGCAAUUACGAAUGCAAAUUUAAAUCAAAAUCAUAGGUUUUCCAGUUUUUUGCUGCGCUAGCGCCAAACGAAGAGUCAGGAAGACGGGAGAACGGAAAUAAGCAAGAGAAGAUACAAUAAUUUUUGUGACUACUUAUAGAGUUUUAGAGAAGGAGGAGAAGGAGAAGGAAGAGGAGGAGGAGGUCGGUGAGACUCGGUCGGAUUCGGCGAAGUAACGAAAACACGGAUUGAGGGUUAGAGGAAACAUGAGUGAUUUGAUUUUGGUUUUGUCUCAGUUUUGAUUUACGGUUUUUCAACACCAAGUGACUAGAACUAUCCUCCUUUUUUUCGUUUUACACUAAUUUCAGUAUCAUUACUUGUAUUAUUCUUUGCGACACAGUGGAAAACAAACGAAACAAUAGUAGAAAACGUAGCUUUUAAGGGGAAGUAUCGGAAGCAGAAGCAAGAAAGCAUAAGUGAUAUUUAAUAUCUUUAGUUUACUUUAAGAGAUGUUUAUUUAACUGUACCAUGUCUGUGUCUACUCGGAAGUGAAUGCAUUAUUUUAUGAUCGUCGUUUGUUUCUGUACCACAUUCUCUUUUUCUCCCAAACUGAAGUCAUUUAUUUUGAGUAAAUAGGUUUUUUUUUCGUAGCUGAGCUUAGAUUUUUUUUUGUGUAUAGUGAAAGUUCGAUUAUCUCAAAGUUUAAUUUGCGUAAGACAUCGUUUGAUUUUGUUCUUCCUUUCAGUGAAACAAGCAAACAAAACAAUAAGGAUACAUGACUACAUGCAAGCGUCGGUUCAACGUUACAUGUUUUCAUGUGCACGCGAUAGUUAGCAUUAUUUAUCGUAUUCCAAUAAUGCUUGUAUUCGAUGAAGAAAAAAAAGAAGAGUCGUAUGAAAAGAAACACAAAAAUAUUCAAGAGAAAACAAGAAAUGCCAUUUUUACAAUACUUGAGUAUAGGACUUUAAUGUUUAACAAGAAGACGAAGAAGAAUAAAAAAAACUAUAGCAGAAAGAGUAAAACACACAAAACAAAACAAACAAGCAUAUAUAAAUGAGCGUAGAAUUAUACGGAUUCAAAAUCAAGCCAAUAUUCUUAGGAUUUGAAGUAACCGAUAGUUCCAGGGAAAACUAUCCAGACAGACACAGAGAGAUGCGAUUGAAUCAAAAAAAGAAAA